UAUCACUAGUAACCGGUCUUCCUGUCAAUUGAAAGAAAGAGAGAAAAUGGAGAAAGAGAAUCCCAGAACAGAAGCAUCGAAUGCUGUGCCGUCAAGAACGAACCACUCAUCGACGCGAAGUAUUUCGUUAUUCAGGACAAGAUCAAGAACUCCGGGCGCAUUGGAAAGAGUAGCAUCUCGCCUCACAACCCGGUCCAUUCGAGACCCUGGCCCGCCGCCCGACGGCGGCACGCAAGCAUGGAUACAAGUCUUCUGUGCCUGGCUAGCCAUCAUGAACACGUGGGGCUUUGUCAACUCCUUUGGCGCCUUCCAAACCUACUACUCCGAGAUCCUCCCUCAAACAAACUCUACGAUAUCCUGGAUCGGGUCGACACAAGCUUGUCUCAUGUUCUUUCUGGGGGGCUUUUCCGGCCGUGCUUUAGACGCCGGGUAUUUCCGACCUACUAUCAUCGUUGGGAUCCUACUCCAUCUGCUGGGCAUUUUCGCAAUGAGUUUCGCGACCAAGUAUUGGCACUUCCUCCUGACGCAAGGUAUAUGUACGGGAAUCGGGGGUGGCAUCUUUUUCGUGCCCAUUCUGGGUUUGGUGUCAACUUAUUUUGCCAAACGUCGCGGAUUUGCAAUCGGUCUAGUCACCACAGGUAACUCCGUUGGCGGCAUCAUCUAUCCCACGGUCGUUCGCCAGCUGCUCGGAAAAGUGGGAUUUGGCUGGACGGUCCGGGUCCUAGGAUUCAUCAACGUCGCUGCCCUCGCAGUUGUGAUUGCCUUCAUGAAACCAAGACUCCCGCCGCGGAAGACUGGUCCAUUAUGGGACAUGGCAGCUUUCCGUGACAUUCCCUACUUGCUCCACGUGCUCGGCAUGUGUUUCAUCAUGCCUCCUGUUUACUGCGUAUUCUACUACGUAGCAUCUUUCGCGCGCGACGAACUCGGCAUGUCGUACACGGAAUCGCUCAACCUCGUCAUUCUCCUCAACGGCGUCGGUAUCCCCGCCCGCACGAUCCCCGCCUACGUCGGCGACACCUACAUCGGCAUCCUCAACACCUACAACGCCUUCCUCCUCCUUACCACCAUCGUGCUCUGGUCUUGGCUUGCUAUUGGCUCUAUCCCAUCCUGGUACGCAUUCGCGACGUUGUUCGGCAUCUUCUCCGCGGCAUUUACGGGAAUUUUCGCGGCGACUAUCGCUGCGUAUAGUUCUGACAUCUCCAAGACGGGAACACGAUUGGGGAUGGCAUUUACAGCGGUCGGGCUUAGCUCAUUGAGCGGUGGGCCGUUGAGUGGAGCGAUUUUGAAGGCGAGUGGUGGGUACACUGCGGUGAUUUGCUGGGCUGGAGCAUGCUGUGUGGUGUCGCUAUGUCUCAGCCUUUCGGCGAGAGUGUGGAAGCAUGGUUGGAGUUUAAAGGUAAGGUGUUGA